ACAGGACCACAACAGCUUGAGAACCGACACGCGCACGCAAGCAGAAAACUGAAAUGAAAGCACAAAGAGUCGCUCACAGGAAGCUCUGAGACAAGACUCGAGAGGGAUUCUUCACAUCUGAAACACCCUGAAACCCUGAAGGACUGCCGGGGUUAAAGAUAAGGAUGAAGAAGUCAGAGUUUUUGGAUUUCCAUCUGGAGGCGGACGACAGGACAGAGAAGGAGAAACUGAGGCAUAAGGAGCCAAAGAAGGAUGGUCUGGCCUCCGCAUUGGGCUUGUGUGGGGAGGCCCCCAAGGCCCCCAUGGACACUGAUUACCAGGAGGAAAUGGAGACAAAAGAGCCCCAGAUCCGAUUCAAUGUCAACUUUGGCAAGGCGAGUAAAGGUGAGCCGCCACAGGAAAAGAGAGACAGCUCCACUUUUACCAUUGAGCGACUGUUUGAGGCAGUGGCCAGCAGGGACGCCAAGAAACUGGACGGCCUGUACCUCUACUUGUAUCGGAGCAUGAAGAAACUGUCUGACUCUCUGUAUCAGUCGUACGGCAAAACCGCCCUGAUGAAAGCUCUGCUGCACCUCAAAGACGGCAAGAACGAGACCAUCGACGUGCUGAUCGGCGUUUCCGAGAGGAUCGGUGACAUUAAAGAGUUUGUGAACGCAGCCUACACCAAUGGCUACUACAAAGGUCAGACUGCUCUCCAUAUCGCCAUUGAGAGGAGGAGUUUUUUCUACGUGCAGCUGCUGGUCAGCAAAGGUGCAGACGUUCACGCCAAAGCCUGUGGGAAGUUCUUUCAGCCACAUGAUGGCCCCAACUUCUACUUUGGUGAGCUGCCCCUGUCUCUGGCAGCAUGCACAAACCAGCCUGACAUAGUGGACUACCUCAUGGAGAAUAAUUACAUGUCAGCCAAGGCUGACAUGGCGGACUCUCACGGCAACACGGUGCUGCACGCUCUGGUCAUGGUGGCCGAUAACUCGAAGGAGAACACAGAAUUCAUUAAAGCCAUUUAUGAUCGGAUCCUAAAGAACGCUGCCCGACUACAUGCCAAGAUGAAUCUGGAAGAGAAAGAGAACCACAAUGGACUCACGCCUCUCAAACUGGCUGCCAAGACCGGCAAGAUUGGGAUUUUUUCUCACAUACUGCAAAGGGAAUUCCACGAGAAUCACAUCAAGCACUUGUCCCGUAAAUUCACUGAGUGGGUUUAUGGACCGGUCCAUAGCUCCCUGUAUGACCUGUCCUCUGUGGACUCAUACGAGAGCAACUCUGUCCUGGAAAUAUUAAUCUACGGCAGUGACAUUCCUAACCGCCACCAGAUGCUGUUGACGGAACCGCUUAGCUACCUGCUGGAGGAUAAAUGGAAGAAGUUUGGUGCAGGAAUGUUUCUCUUUAACUUCCUGGUCUACCUUGUGUACCUGGCCAUCUUCACCAUUGUGGCCUACAAUAAAAGAGAUGUAAAGGAUUUGCUUCCCGAUGAGCCUGAAUUGUCGGAUUACCUGUAUGUCUUAGGCCAGCUGAUGACAUUGAUAGCAAACUGCUAUUUCUUUGUCAUUGGGAUCAUAGACAUGAAGAGGAAGCGACCAAAGAUGCAGACACUGCUGAUUGAUGGAUAUUAUGAGAUUCUCUUUUUUGUGCAGGGCCUCCUGUUCCUGGUCUCCACCGCUCUGUAUCUGGGGAACCGGACGGAGUAUCUUGGCUUCCUGGUGAUCUGUCUGGCUCUCAGCUGGGUGAACGUGCUGUACUACUCCAGGGGCGACAGCCACAUGGGUAUCUACAGCGUCAUGAUACAGAAGGCAAGAGUCCCUCUCAACGGGAUUGAAUAUCCCGGUGCAAACAUUGCUUUAAGGCCAUCUAACUUCUGUUUCCUUUUGCAGAUGAUCCUCAGUGAUAUCCUGCGUUUCCUUUUUGUUUACAUUGUUUUCCUGUUUGGAUUCUCAGCAGCGGUGGUCACACUGCUUAAAAAGCCAGAACACGUAAACAGAUCAACAACCCCAACCCCAUCCCCAACGCCAAAGAGUAGAUUUUUUGUGCCCACAACACCCGACGAGGAGUGCGUCAAACCCGGCUACACAAGCAUCUCCUACACCACCUUGGAGCUCUUCAAGUUCACCAUAGGCAUGGGUGACGUGGAGUUUACCCAGGAUUACCAGUACAUCGAGGUCUUCUACCUCCUUCUCAUCUGCUACAUCAUUCUCACCUACAUCCUGCUCCUCAACAUGCUCAUAGCUCUCAUGAACCGCACUGUGGAACAGAUCACCACGGAGAGCGCCUGCGUUUGGAGGCUGCAGAGGGCGGUCACCAUCCUGGACAUGGAGAAGAGGCUGCCCUGCUGUCUGAAGAAGCACUUUCACUCUGGGGUGGAGAAGAAUCUCGGCACCGCUCUUGGAGAAGAUCGCCGAAGGUGUUUCAGGGUCGAGGGAGUGAACUGGAACAAAUGGAGCUCAAACGUGGCCAACAUCAGCGAGGAUCCAGGGUUUUCUGAUCGGAUCCAGGAGUAUGAUUUAGAAAGCCCUCCGAGGAGCGUCAACAGAGGGAGGAGCUUGAGAGGCAUUUUCAUGGAAAGCAGUAGGAGGAGGAGGACUACGAUGUCUCAGUCCACUGAGAUGAGGCCCCUGUAUGUCUGAAGAGCCUCUGAAGAGUUAAACAUGACUGCUCAGCUUGAAUGACACUAGCAACCAGGCUUUGCAGCUCCAACACAGCAUUUUGCCAAGGAGACAAAGGCUUGAGCUGAUUCCCUGACUGAACUGCAGCGCUGGUUUCAUUGUAAAGGCAACCUAUAAGGAAACCUCUAAGUAAUAUCAGGGGAAACGAGGAAACUGAGGGCAUUGGUGUGUUUGACAUAUAUUACAGCGUUAUAAUUAAAGUAGACUUUAAGCAUGCUGCACCAUGUUGAAUAAACCUUGAUGAAAUAUUUUUUUAAUCCAUAUUUCUGGUUAAACGCAUCAAGCAGCUGUGUACUGUGCACGCGAGCUGGUGCAUGCACAUCUUGUGCAGCGAGGCCCCGACCUUCCGGCACCUCUGGCAUGGCUGAAAAUCCAUCACGGAGUUAUACUGAUCACCAAGGUGCUGAUCCUGCCCCUCCUGCUGUGUGCCCUUUAUACAGGUCCCAUUUUCAUCACAGCCAGACAAGCUAAAUCUACUGCAGCCAGAUCAGUCCUGCAGAUUUCACAGCUUGCUUUGUCUACUCGACUUCCUCUCGCUAUGAGGCGGAGGCAGGCCUGGAUAAAGGGCAUGAAAGCACAGCAAUCGGAGCAGCAAUAGCCACCUUCGACACUGGCUUAGACAGUUACAAACGAUAUGUACUUGUCAUGCUAACAAAAGGUAAGAAUUUGGGGCUAUUAGAGAACUUGAAGUUGCCUUUGAACUGUUCUUUAUUUUGCUGAUGUACUGAUAAUACAAAUAAAAGAUAAUUCACUAUU